UUAAAGCUUAUGUUUUUCCAGAUUACCUAGCUAAUAGAUCAUUUCCUCGAAUUUGUGAAACCCGCGGGCUUAGCUCAUUUAAUUAGCUGACAUUGGCUUCGUAUUUACUACACAUUCAUUUUGUUUGUAAUUAGCAGAUGCGACACAAACUUGGGACUUCUCCGUGUUGUUCAAUGUUUGUAAUUUUGUUUCAACAGGGUUUGAUAUCUGUCGGCGCUUUGCAGUCGUUACGUUUGCGUUUUAUUCAUUAUCAGGGGUUUGAUUCACUUCUUCAUCUUGUUUUGUUCGUCUUGUUUUAUCAGACUUAUCACGGUUGGCUUUGUAAGGAUUUGGUCGAUUUGCCCCUUUUAUCAUUUUUAGGGCAAUGAUUUAGUUGUUAGGGCUUCGAGUGAUUUGAGCAUUCUUCUUUACUCGGAUGGGGAAGGCGACGGAGGAUGUUGGCAGCCGCGACUAUUUUAAAACGCUCUUUGGAAACAUAACAAAAGGAGGCUUGUCAUUGUUUUCCAGUAAAAACCCUUUUUAUAGGAAACGGGAGCAGGGCAAUGAUGUUGGUGUGGAGGGGACAUUUGAACAGGUGAAAAGGAAAAACAAGGCCGAAGGUGAGGAGGAUUCUGGUCAGGUAAAGAAGAAAUUAAAAGAAGCAGGUAAAAGUAAAAAUACAGGGCAAGAGACGAGUAGAACUGAAGUUAUCGGUGAUGAUGCUGAAAAUUUGGAUACCGGGUCAAAGAAAAAGAAAACUUAUGGUAAAAGGGAUGAACAUUUAGCCAUUGAAAAGAAGAAAAAGAACGCUGCCAGUGGAAAUGGCGAGUUUGUUACUGCAAACAAUGAUAGUAGUGGCAAGAAGAAAGAGAAAUCGAAGGAUGAUGCGAAUAAUGGAAAUUCAGAGCUUGCAAGUCAAAAUGAGGAGAAUGAGGACCUCAGGAUAAAGACAAAUAAAGGUCACAGUGGGAAUGAGGAGGCAGGUACUAGUAAUGUUGAUCAUGCUGACAAGAAGAAGAAAAAGAAGUGCAAGGAGAACCUAAAUGAAGAGGGCUUGAAUGGAGAGGGUGAAUUAGGUUCUUUAGAGGACAACUGGGCCAAGGUGAGUGUCAAAUCUCAACUAGAAAAUGACAAGAGGAAGAAUAAAAAGAACAAGAAGAAAUUGAACAAAAAAGAUUCCGAUGAAAAGGGUAAUGUAGGUUCUUCAGAUGACGACCUGCCCUACUUGAGCAUCCAAAUUCAAGCAGAGGAUGACAAACAUGGUUUACUAGAGAGGAAGGGAAAGGAAAAUAUGCUAGAAGACCUUGCACGGCCAAGGAAGGAGAAGAGGACAAAAGUUGCUAUGGAGGAAAACUCGCAAUCUGCUCUCAAGGUUCAGGAAUAUGAAGUGCAGGCAAUGCCGAGGGGAAAUCACCUUAAAAGGAAACUUGAGCAAGAAAACAUUCAGCCAAUUAAGAGAAUUAAAGUUCAUAAUCAGCAGUUUGAUGAGGUUGAAGGUGGAGCUAGAACGGGGUCAACAGUUGUUACCGAAUCAAAGGAGAAAGCGCUUACUGAUUUUAAGGGUAAAUCAGUGUUGCAAAAGAGAAAAUGGGAUGCCUUUGAAGAAGAGGAUGAUGCAAGACAUGGCUUGGGAGAUGGUGAAUAUACAUCAAAAGAAGUGGUGUUACCAAAAGGCAAGAGGAAGCGGGGUGAGGAAGCAUUAGACAUGGUUGUUAACAAGAAAGAUCGUGAUGAUAAUGAGAAGCUGGAGCGGACGGUAUUUAUUGGUAACCUGCCUCUGGGGUUUAAGAGAAAAAAGUUGAUAAGAGAAUUUUCUCAGUUUGGGGAGGUCGAAUCACUUCGGUUACGAUCUGUUCCGAUUGUGGAUACAAAGCUGCCAAGAAAGGGAGCAAUACUCAAAGGAAAGGUCAACGAUUCCAUUAACAGUGUCCAUGCAUACAUUGUCUUUAAAGAUGCGCAAUCAGUAAAUGCUGCCUUGUCACGCAACAUGACGGAGUUCAGUGGAAACCACAUUCGUGUGGAUCGAGCACUUCCACCUCGCAAGAAGCUAAAAGAUGGAAAUCAUUACAUCUAUGAUACAAAGAGGACUCUAUUUGUUGGGAAUCUUCCAUUUGAUGUGAAGGAUGAGGAACUAUAUCAACUAUUUGUUGGAAUUGCACCUAUGGAGUCUGGUGUAGAAGCUGUUCGGGUUAUAAGAGAUCCUCAAACAAGUAUGGGAAAAGGCAUUGCAUAUGUUUUGUUCAAGAGCAUGGAUGCUGCUAAACUGGCUCUAAAGAAGAAAGACUUGAAGCUAAAAGAUAGAAGUCUUAGGUUGUGUAAGGCACAGCCUGAUUCAAAUGGAAGACCACAGACAGCAUCAACUUCAAGAUUGAGAUCUGAUGUGACUCCAAGAGUUAAAGCAUUGAAUAGGAAACGUCUUGCCGAGUCGAAGGAGUUGUCAAAUACACCCUUGCAAAAGAAGGCUAAAACUUCCCUUUCCUAUCAAGGGACUAAAGCAAGCAAAACAGAUAAAGACCCUAUCAAGUUAGGUUCAGUGGGCAUGCACAACCCACAAGCCAAUGAACCAAAACCACGCAUGUUUAAGAGGCCAGCAGUUGCAGCAAGGAGGGACGGGUCAUCACAAAAUGCUGGGCAAAAUCUUGCUGGUAAAAAGCGUAAAAUAACUGAGAGAACAGGUUAUUCAAAAUCCCCCAAAAAGAUUAGGGCCCACUGAUGGUGAAUCCAAGAACAUCAUGUUGGAUAUAGAUCUUGUACUUCUUGAAUAUUAUAACAUUUGAAGUGUGUCUUGAUCCAUGUUCAACCAAAUUUGGUGGUGCCCAGCCAAAAGUUUUUUUUAGGAUGUUUGAAAGGUUCAGAGGGCAAUCAACUAUCCCCAGAUUAGCAUGUCAUUUGCUUUUUGCAAAAUUAUAUGUUUGAGAAGCUUAUUUUUCCUGAUGCUUUUGUAAAAUUAUACCCUGCGUAUAAAUAAACGUGUUGACAAAGGGAAUGACUCUUCUGAGGCUGAUUAUAUCUGCUUGUUAAUCUUCAAUUUUAAGUUGUCUUUUCUUGUGCCA